UGCAGGCACAACAGCUGGGAGCCCGAGGAGAACAUCCUUGAUCCAAGACUCCUCCUGGCUUUCCAAAAGAAGGAACACGAAAAAGAGGUGCAGAAUCGGAAGAGGGGCAAGAGGCCCAGGGGCAGGCCCAGGAAACACGUGGAACCAGAGAUGCCUGCAAAAACUAAGUCGAGUAGCUCCUCUUCCUCCACAUCCUCCUCUUCCUCCUCCUCUGAUGAAGAAGAUGAUAGCGACCUGGAAGCAAAGAGAGGUCCCCGCAGCAGAGAGACUCACCCGGUACCGCAGAAGAAAGCUCAGAUCCUGGUGGCGAAGCCUGAGAUGAAAGAUGCUUCCAGGAAGAAGCGUGGGCGGAAACCUCUUCCCCCGGAGCAGAAAGCGGCUCGAAGGACCGUGAACCUGACAAAGGUGCUGAAAACGUCCCGGAAGGAGGUGGGUGGCAGCGCCAAGCUGUUGGGCAAACUGCAGCCCCAGCAGGGCUCAGGCAUGGCCGUGCUGAAGGACGCGCCGGGCUCCUUGGCCGGGCUCAGCUCGGGGGGGUCAUCAGCAGAAAACCUGCCCAACAUGAUGAAGAGCGGCUCCACCAGCCCCAGCCGGGCCAUCAGCUGGCAGAGCUCCAUCGUGCACUACAUGAACAGGAUGUCCCAAAACCAGAACUCGGCCGAGUCCUCCCCUCUGGGCAGGCUGGCGCUGAAGGCUCAGGCGGCCAGUAAGGGGGGCUUGGGGCUGGAUUUAAAAAUGAGGAACCAGAAAGGCUCCGGGGAGCUCGGGCUGAGCGUGCAGGGACCCAAAGCCACCAAAGCUCCCAACAGCGGUGCCGGAGGGGACCAGAAAUCGGGGUUUGCUGCUGGAAGCCAAACGCUGCACAACGGCAGCAAGAUGCCGGCGAGCUCAUCCGGGGCUGGCAACCAGGCGGCCUCCAGCCAGGAGCUGAACCUCCAGGCUCUAAACCUGCAGAGCGUCAAAAAUGGGGCUGGAGGGAACAGCCUCCCUCGUCACCUCUGCGGUGCCAUGGCCAAAGGCUCCGGCGGUGGCCCGGCGGCGAGCGUGGGGGCCAGCGGGGCGAAGGGUGGCACGGCGGGCACCGGGUUGAAUGCCACCGGCACCGGGGUGCUCUCAGGAGGGGAUGGAGGCAAGAACGAGAAGCAGGCACACCGGGCAGGCGACAGGGACUUGGCCAAAAGUGGCCCAGGUGGCACACAGGAGGGGCACGUGGCCACGGAGAGCCGCAAGCCGGCCGCCCUUUCCGAAGUGAGCACGGGAGAAGAGACCAGCUCGGAUUCGGACCGGGAUUCGGCUUCUUUCCCCGGUGUGGGUCAGAACAUGUCUGUCUCUAUCCAGACCAGCCAGGACUGGAAACCCACCCGCAGCCUGAUCGAGCACGUCUUUGUCACCGACGUCACCGCUAACCUGAUCACAGUGACGGUCAAGGAGUCCCCCACCAGCGUCGGGUUUUUCAACCUACGGCAAUACUGAGGAGGGAGAAGGGCCCUUCAGCCUCUCCCUCAGCUUUGCCCACCUCUUCCAUCAGGUUUUUCUUUCUUCAAGUCAACGCCUGGGACCUGCUGGGACUCGUGUCCAGAGGGGCUUAAGAAAGACGCAGUGAAACCUGCUCAAGAACUGCCAGCGGGUCCAUGGAUCCCUCCUGGCUUCUUCUCUUCAUCCCCUCCUGGAGCCCGUGCCCUGGCUGAUGCCAUUCUCCAGGAGCGGGGGUUCUGGUGGUGCCAGGGGUGAUGGGCUGGCAUGUUUUGAGCCAGGCUUCACUGUGCGUGGGUUUCUUUGCUUUACAGCUGGAAACAGCAGAUGAUGACAAGGUCUGGGGCUCUGGCAGCGGGGAGAGGGGGUGAUGGGCCAGGCUUAUACUGGGGAGAGGAUAAGGAGAUCCUUUUCUUUCCUCUGGGCUCCCCACGAAUCUGUCUGUGAGCCGUGGGGAGCCACUAAUCAAUCCAAAUGAGGCAGCCGCUGCUCCCAGCCCUGGGGGGCGGCUGCACACGGGGGUUUUCAGGGUACAUUCAGCCCAGCCACCCCCCUGGGCAAGGUCACUUCCAAUGAUGGUGAAGUCCACAACAUUUCUGUUGUGGUUUCCAGCUGAUAGGGAAAUAUUGUUUACAUUUUUUAUUAAGGAAAUAUCCUUUUUUUUUUUUUUUUUGGUUCUCUUUUUUGAGGGAGGGAAAUGAACCCAGUCUGGGGAAGACUGAAUCCUGGGUGCCACUGAUGAGAUGGGGCAUCAAAGGUGCCUCUUAGGGAGCAAGGGGUGGUUGGCAGUGGGUACCUCCUUGCCCCCCCGGGCAGGGUCCUGCCUUAGGAGGCAGCAAGAGCAUCUGGCUUCCUUGCAGAGACCUGACCUUCAGAGGAAAGCAAAGCCCAGGUCACUGUGCAGCCCAGCACCGCUAUUCUGCCUCAUCCCAGCAUCACCAGCAUCUCCCGCUCCCAUUCAGCAGUUUCCAGGCUCUUGUAGGGACCAAGUCAGGGAAGAUGAUUUUUUUUUAAGUCUUGCAGAACACACAAACCCUCCCAGCAGCAGGUAGGUUGCUACUGGGGCUGCUGGCUGUCUGCAAGGUCAGGGCUGCAGUUUGGGCAGAGCCGGGGGUGAGGGAGCCCUCCCCGCCUGGGAUGCUCAUGGGGUUGGGCUCACACUCAUCACCCACAUCUUUCUCCAGCCAAGGGGCUCAGAAGCCAGUUGAGGACACCCGCAUGAGUGGUCUGGAGCAGUGGGACGGGAGGAAAGGAGAGGGAGAAGGGACAGGCCAGGCAGUGGGUACCUGGGGCUGCUGUUCCCUGAGGAGCCGGGGGAGCCUGUGGUUGCUCUUCAUCUUCCCAUCCUGUGCCAGCAGCUGAGGGUCUUCAUUUUGGCUUGUAAUUGCAACCAAUAAUGGCUUUUUUACAGAGACAGGGGUCUUUUUCCCUUCUGUAGAUGACUCUUACAAGCCAAAAUUAGCAGCAGUGGUUCAGGCAGAGUUUAGUGGCGUUUGAGGUCGUUUUGGUUCUGUUAACACUGAACUCUUUCCUGGGAGGAGAUCAGAAGGCUGCAGUCUGCCAGGUCCCAGUGCGCAGGAGGGCUGUCCCACCGGUGUCCCUGGGGUGGCCACUCGGUGUGUCUGCUGGGUGGACACCCCUGCUGGGUGACUGACCUGGCACCGGGAUGGGCAUCUGGUUGUCACACACACAGGGAUGCAGAGAUAAAUGGACCAAACUGGGGGUACAGGCACUCCUGACUCACCCCCCCAAUGCAUCAGCCCCCCACAGUGGCACUUGCUGCCAUGGCUGGUGGCAGAGCAGUUCUCAGGUGAGAUGAGAAGCUGGUGCUGGGUCCCCAGUUGUUCCCAGGAUGGAGGCUUAUUCCCAGGAUGGAGGUUUUUUCCCAGGAUGGAGGGUUAUUCCCCAAGAGGCAGCUCCAGCCUCUGCCAGGGGAGCUCCUGUGCUCCAGAGAUGGUCUCCCUUCGCUUUUGAGUUCAGUCCCAGCCAUCCCCUUGGUUAUGGCUUUGAGUUUGUGGUGUUAUGGGGCUGAGCACGAUGUCCUGUGUGAGCCCAGGAUGAGUUGGGGAGGACAAGCCCUCUCCACGCCUUGUGGCAGGACCUGUGCAGGGCUCCUCGGCCAGCUCCACUUCUGUCCCAGCCAGCCUGGAAUGUCACCUUGCCAAGGUUGGGGGGACUUGGGGGGGGGAUGGGGUUUGCAGAGGUGCAGCCCCUCUCUGCCGCUGGCCACCAACGCCUUGUUCUGCCAGGCAAAGGGCCAAGGGGAGAGGAGGGAGCCUUCUCCACGGAGGAGGUUCCCAAGGACAGAGUUUCCGUUGAGCUCCGCGAUGCCAAAAUGUCCCAGCCCGUGCUGUUUACCUUCUAUAGCCUUUAACUUUGCCAAAUGAGUUGCUACCGUUGCUUUGAGCAGCCCAAGGAAGCGGUUCCAGCACGGUCUCUGCUGGGUGUGCUUUUUGUGCUGGGGUACGAGCGUUUUGGGAGAAGAAUCGAGGAAUCUGGGGGAGCUUGGGGGGGAAGGGGGGCAACGCUCUUCCCUACACACCAAAUGUUUGCUACUUGGCCUUUGCAAAUCCAAACUGAACGACGAUGUGCCUUUGGGGCUGUCCUUAUCUCAGCCUUGUCUGCGACACCGGUCCCACGACAGGUUUGUGCCUAUGCAAAGCAGGGGUGGUGACAGGGUCCUGGGGACAGCCGUGACACCACCGAUGGGGAGAGGUGCCCUGGUCCUCAGGGGGGACACCCAGCCAUCGCAGGAGCCCUGUGGUAGGGCUGAGGGAUGCUCCCGGAGGGGAAGCUGGCCCGGCAGGGAUGCUGUUGCUUAGAGCUGUAGGAUGUGGGGGCUGGUGUCCCUGAGGGGGGGAAAUAAAAGGCAUCUGAGGAUGCUCUGAGAAGGGGUCGGGCACCAAGUGUCUACAGAGGGUGCAGGAGAUGAACCACCGUGGUGGGUUCUGUGCUGACCACACACUGGCUCAGAUGGCUGCUCCCUCCAGAGCCCCUGUGGAAGCUCAUGUGUGAUUCUGCGUGCGGGGGGGCUCAUUCCUGCCUCACGGCCGGGCAAAAAGUCACUGAGCCCAAACUGGCACCCAGGGGAGUGCGUGUCCUGACGGUGAGGGGCUUUCCUCCACCACCCACCCUUCCCCGGCCGGAUUUAGCAGCAGGACUCUGCUGUCACCACUUGCUAUUGUGCCUUUUGCUCACCAGCUGAUUUCGAUUCCAAAGGUCUAAGGAUGGUGAAAAUGAUAAUCCAGAAAUUUUUUUUUUUUUUUUUGACCUUCGUCACCUCCCGCGCUCCUUCCCCAGCCCCUUCCCCACCUCGUGUUCCAGGAUCUGGGCUCUCCCAGCGGCGCUGGGGCGUCUGAGCCACCGGUUCCUGUUGGAGUUUGCCUCUCAAAGGCACAUUAUGUGAGUGAUUUACUGUAAUCUUUUGUGGACAGGGGUUGAAAGCCGGUGCAGACCCUGUUUACCAGUCAGUACCAUUAGUAUUCAAGGUCUACCUUUUUUUUUUCUUCUUUUUUUUAUUUUUUCCUUUUUUUUUUUUUUUUAAGUUUGCUGCUAUGGGUUGGAGUGUUCAGCCGUGUGUCAAACAGCCAAUUAAAGGUUUGUCACUUGUCAUUUUCUAAGGGGUUUCCGAUGUGGAAAGUCCUGCUGUAUUUGUAUAUUGAAUGGAUAUUUUCUCCAGGCAUAAUCUGGUUAAGCAUACUUGUUGUUUUCCAUUGGACUGGAAGAGGUGGCCAAUUCAGCCAUCUUCCCUAGAAACUUAGUCUAUUUUUAUAUAUAUAUUUUGUACCAAAAAGAAAAAAAAAGCAAAACAAAACUGGAGUUCGUGGACGGAUGGGGAUGGUUUAGAGGGUUUGGUUUGUGUUGAGUUUCUGAGCUGGGUGUGAAGGGCUCCAGAGCCGGAGAGAAGGUUUUUUUUUUUUUUACUGAAAGAAAUUGAGGGAUGGGUGAAAACAAACAAUUGUUCUUGUAACUUGUGCCAGUCACUGGUCUGAUUUGUAUGUUUUAAUUAAAGAGAGAGCCAAAUCGUUCCUGUAUGACACUUAUAAUUGCUUUAAACUACAGCUGUUUGUUUGCUUUUAUUUUCAGAGAACAAAAGUUGGAGAUGUUAUUACCCUGGGAAAGCGUAAGGGCUUUGUGGAGCAGGACAGGCGCCCGGCCCGCUGAGCGCUGGGGG